GGUGGGGCAUUUAUUCAGUCGCUCAAGCGGAUGUCCAAAGGCAUUUUAAACAACAUGUGGGGCUUGUUCAUAAAAAGGAGCUAAGAGAAGCAUGGAAGGUGGUAUGGUUUGCAACUAUUUGGACUAUAUGGAUUUGGAGGAACCAGAAAAUAUUUGGGAAAGAGAAAGACAAGGAAAAGGAGGUAUGGGUGCUCAUUAGUAUAGGUCUUUCUACUAGUUAAAGGCAAAUUUGCUCCCUCAUUUGCAACAGGAUUUAUGGAAGGAUGAUCCCAAAAAGGCAAUAAGGAUGCAAGUUGGGAAGCAGUUCCAAAUUGUUUUGGGUUGUGCUUGUGGUUUUGUACUGUUUUCUUGACUGGGAAUAUUUGUAUCAUUGUAAGUUAUGGUUUGUUUAUGGGUGCCCCUUGCAGCAAGGAAAUAAAAUUUUUGGCUUAUG